GCCUCUGUGCUUGGCCUUCACUGUGCACAGGGAGCGCUUGGGCGAUCUGGCUCACGGGCUCUGCUCGGAAACAGCUCGGGGAAAUGGUUCCUCCCCCUGGAUGUAGUCACAGCGUGGUAAAUUCCAUCUGAAAAAUAAAAGCCGAGCUCUUUGCUGAGUCAUAGAAGCUUGGAGCUGAUUUGCGCAAAAGCCGGACUGAGUCUUGGACGAGCUGGGAAAGAUUCUCACAGUCGAGCGAUGGGAGAGAGGAGCCGACAGGGAGCUUUGGAAUGUGAAUGAGAAGAUGUAGCACAGCGGCAGCCCGGGUGACACCUGCUGGGAGCUUGCGUGGACACCCCAGCCACCCCCAGCCCAGCCCAGCCAGAGCACCCUGCCCCUGGGCAUCCCCCCGGCCAUCCAGCCUCACCAUGUCCAAGAGAGGCAUGGGCAGCCGGGCCAAGGGGGACAAGGCGGAGGCCCUCGCGGCGCUGCAGGCGGCCAACGAGGAGCUUCGAGCCAAGCUCACAGACAUCCAGAUCGAGCUGCAGCAGGAGAAGAGCAAGGUCAGCAAAGUGGAACGCGAGAAAAACCAGGAGCUGCGGCAGGUGCGCGAGCAUGAGCAGCACAAGACUGCAGUCUUGCUCACAGAGCUCAAGACAAAGCUGCACGAGGAGAAGAUGAAGGAGCUACAGGCCGUGCGUGAGACGCUGCUGCGGCAGCAUGAGGCCGAGCUGCUCAGGGUCAUCAAGAUCAAGGACAACGAGAACCAGCGGCUGCAGGCACUGCUCAGUGCCCUGCGUGAUGGUGGCCCUGACAAGGUCAAGACCGUGCUGCUGUCCGAGGCCAAGGAGGAGGCCAAGAAGGGGUUCGAGGUGGAGAAGGUCAAGAUGCAGCAGGAGAUCACCGAGCUCAAGGGCGCCAAGAGGCAGGUGGAGGAGGCGCUGACGCUGGUGAUUCAGGCGGACAAGAUCAAGGCCGCGGAGAUCCGCAGUGUGUACCACCUACACCAGGAGGAGAUCACCCGCAUCAAGAAGGAGUGUGAGCGGGAGAUCCGCAGGCUGAUGGAGGAGAUAAAAUUUAAAGACAGAGCAGUCUUCGUGCUGGAGAGAGAGUUAGGGGUUCAAGCCGGGCAUGCUCAGAGACUGCAGCUCCAAAAAGAGGCUCUAGAUGAGCAGCUGUCCCAGGUCCGAGAGGCCGACCGGCACCCGGGCAGCCCCAGACGGGAACUUCCUCAUGCAGCCGGUGCAGGAGACGCUUCAGACCACUCGGGAAGCCCUGAACAGCAGUUGGAUGAAAAAGAUGCCCGGCGCUUCCAGCUUAAAAUUGCAGAGUUAAGUGCGAUUAUCCGCAAACUGGAGGACCGCAACGCCUUGCUGUCAGAAGAGAGGAAUGAGCUGUUAAAGCGUGUAAGAGAAGCCGAGAGUCAGUACAAGCCACUGCUGGAUAAAAACAAGCGCCUCAGUCGGAAGAAUGAGGAUUUGUCUCAUGCUUUACGCCGAAUGGAAAACAAGUUAAAAUUCGUCACCCAGGAGAACAUAGAAAUGAGACAGAGAGCCGGAAUCAUAAGGAGACCCAGUUCCUUGAACGACCUUGAUCAAAGUCAGGAUGAGAGAGAAGUCGAUUUCUUGAAGCUUCAGAUUGUGGAGCAGCAAAACCUCAUAGAUGAACUAUCUAAGACCCUUGAGACCGCCGGCUAUGUGAAGAGCGUGUUAGAGCGGGACAAGCUGUUAAGAUUCCGGAAGCAAAGAAAGAAAAUGGCAAAACUUCCCAAGCCGGUUGUUGUGGAAACCUUCUUUGGAUACGAUGAAGAGGCCUCCCUGGAAUCCGACGGUUCCUCCAUCUCUUACCAAACAGACAGGACGGACCAGACCCCGUGCACCCCGGAUGACGACUUGGAGGAGGGCAUGGCCAAGGAGGAGACGGAGCUGAGGUUCCGGCAGCUGACCAUGGAGUACCAGGCCCUGCAGCGCGCCUACGCCUUGUUGCAGGAGCAGGUCGGAGGGACGCUGGAUGCAGAGCGAGAAGUUAAGACCCGUGAGCAGCUACAAGCCGAAGUGCAGAGGGCACAGGCACGGAUCGAGGACCUGGAGAAGGCCCUGGCAGAGCAAGGGCAGGAUAUGAAAUGGAUUGAAGAAAAGCAGGCGUUGUACCGGAGAAAUCAAGAGCUUGUGGAAAAGAUCAAACAAAUGGAGACGGAAGAGGCUCGGCUUAGACACGAGGUGCAGGAUGCCAGAGACCAAAAUGAGCUGCUGGAGUUCAGGAUCCUGGAGCUUGAGGAGAGGGAGAGGAAGUCACCCGCCAUCAACUUCCACCACACGCCCUUCGUGGAUGGGAAGAGCCCCCUCCAGGUGUACUGCGAGGCCGAAGGCGUGACUGACAUUGUGGUCGCGGAGCUGAUGAAGAAGCUGGACAUCCUGGGCGAUAACGCCGUAAGUAACCUGACCAAUGAGGAGCAGGUGGUUGUCAUACAAGCCAGGACAGUCCUGACCUUGGCCGAAAAGUGGCUCCAGCAGAUUGAGGAGACAGAGGCGGCACUGCAGCGGAAGAUGGUGGAUCUGGAGAGUGAGAAGGAGCUGUUCAGUAAGCAGAAGGGCUACCUGGACGAGGAGCUGGACUACCGGAAACAGGCCUUGGACCAGGCCCACAAGCACAUCCUGGAGCUGGAAGCCAUGCUGUAUGAUGCCCUGCAGCAGGAGGCCGGGGCCAAGGUGGCUGAGCUGCUGUCGGAGGAGGAGCGGGAGAAGCUCAAGGUGGCCGUGGAGCAGUGGAAACGCCAGGUUAUGAGUGAGCUGCGCGAGCGGGAUGCCCAGAUCCUGCGGGAGCGCAUGGAGCUGCUGCAGCUGGCUCAGCAGAGAAUUAAAGAGUUAGAAGAAAGAAUAGAAGCUCAGAAGAGACAAAUAAAAGAACUGGAGGAAAAGUUUUUAUUUUUGUUCUUAUUUUUCUCCUUAGCUUUCAUUCUCUGGUCAUAGUCCAUCUUGGCACCCUAACGUGCCCCACGUUGAAUCGGACCCUUUUCCUCCAGUGGGACCUGAGAGCAGGGACAAAACGGGACGUCGCGUCUCCAUCCUGAAGACCCAGGGGGUCUUGGUCUCUGCACGCCCGUCCCGUGGAGGAAGAGUGAGAAGGGGCAGCAUGUGCAGUGCAAGCUGCCGUCCGCGUGGGAUGCGCCAGGACUAGAACUGGCUCUGCCGACUCUCGGGGGCUUCUCUGGGAGAAGCCCGGCCUUGGCUGCUGGACCCUGGUCCCUCCUCCUGGACGGCAGUCCCCAUCCCAGUUCCAGGGAUGUGCAGCAUUCCCUGCCAAGCAGGGGUGAGAACUGCUUCUGUGUGAAGCACCAGCCUCGGGUCCUCUCCUCUCUCUUGGUCCUCACAGUAGUUGCCACCAGUGUCUGGAGGAAGAUUUUCAGAAACGACAGAGGCGUGGCCCAGUGACAAGAUGAAGGCUGUGACUGAGCCGCCUGGAUGGUGACCUUCAUUCAAGGAGGCUCCCUGGAUGGUCCUGGGAGGGCUCCCCAACACCUCAGUGGCCCCUCCAAUGCUGCAAUGUGUUGCUGGGGUCCUAAACACCUGCUGGCCAACAGACCCCACACCCACCCUCCUUCAUCGUCAUCUCUGUGGGGACAGACAAGAGCCGUGGCCGCCGUGGGCCAUGGGGUGCCCUCAACCCUCUGCCUUCCUACCCAGCCUGAGACAGGAAGGCCGCCAGCUGGGAGCACCACGGCACUGAUCCAAGGAAGGCGUGGGGAGUGUGGUGACAGGAGAUGGGACGAGGGGGCAGAGCCAGCUGGAACAUGGAUGCCAGAGGCUGCCUCCGUAGUGCAUCUCCAGAAGUCACAGAGGCCCUGAGCGCCCAGAGCCACCUGAGCCACCUGGCCUGGAAGCCCCUGCGCAGGCCAGACCUGCAGGCCAUGGACCCCAGCAGGAACCGAAGUCUCACCCCAAGCCUUCGUACACAAGGAGCAGCCCAGGUGAGGGAUGGCGGACGCACCUGUGGCUCUACUGGCGCAAGAAGGGAGCCGUGGUCCAAGAAGCUGACAGAGAGGAAGCAGUGCAUUGGUGAAGGCAACGUUAGGUGUGAUUUCCAUUCCUGCUGGGAGACCCAGGUCACAGCCCGGGAGCUUCGUCCAGCCUGUGGAUGGAGCCUGACUGCCUGAAGAUGGAACUUCUGUGUCCUCCCACCCUUGGUGGUCUAAGGUUAUUGCUCUCAGAGCUGAAUUGACAGGAGGUGUGUGUGUGCACACUCACUUGUGUGCACAUGCCUGCGUUUAUGCGUGUUUUCACUCAACCAGAAGAGCAAUUCAUGGGAUUUAGCCGUUUUGAGGCACCUAGAAGUUGAGGCAGUUAGAUGUGCAGCCAGGUGUGAAUGUAACGUGCACCAUUGUAUAAAGGAGGUGACUCAGUUGCUGCAGGGAGGAUUGGGUUGUCUGGAAGUAUUAGGUUCAUUUUAUAUUUGUGUCAGAAGAAAUGUCUGACUUUGGGGCAGAUGACAUAGUGGCCGCGGCCCAGGCAUGGUUCCCUAGGUUGAAAUCAGGGAAAAGCUAAUACUCUCAGACAGGUAUGCGUUUUCUUUGGUGGCUGCAGGGUUUCUGCUAGAAAAUGCACUAUUAAUCAGCACUUGUCCAAGAAAGACCCAUCCGUUUCUGUUGUCAUUCAAGCCACAGUUCCUGAUUUACUCAGACAAGAUACUGGGCCAGUUCAAUGUCUCUAGCUGAGCCUGACCUUGGGGUUUGCGUCUCAAGUCUGAAAUCUUUUUCAGUCCUCUGUGCAUAGUUUUGUCUCAUUUUAAUGACUGCAUCUUCUUGGUACAUUUAUUAUACUCAGAACUGAAUGGCACACAAUAGCCUUGUGUUAAUAAAAGCUACCGUAGCGCUAUGGGUGAACCGCUGAGUUGAAGUCCAAUGGACUCUACGAUGCAGGUAUCCAGAAAUACGUUGUAACUCUACCUGCCUCCCUGCCAGCCUGGCUCCUCCUCUGGGGGAGCUCCUGGCAUGGUCCUAGUGUUGUCCUGCAUGGGAACAACAGCUGCAUGGGCCAGCUGUUUUGGAUCUAAAGAUGUGCAGUGAAACUCAGAUUCACAUCCCUCAUGUUUAUUUGGGUCAUCAUGGUUUUGCAUGUUGUAUAUAUGUCUGGAGCACUUCAUACACCUCUAUCCACCACAGGCACUCUUAAUCACAGUCUGUAAUAGUAAUAAGGCAAACUAUACAGCAAAGAGAAGCAUGUAAAUAUGUACCAAUUCUUAUGAAGUUGUAAUUGUUUAUAUGUAAAAAGUAUGUAUAUACGAAAGGGAGAAGGUACAAGGAACGUGCUGAAUAACAUGCAAACUGCAUUGCAUCCCUGUCCCAUUCCUGAAAGCUCACAUCUAGUUGGAGCGUCAGUUCCUCUCCUCAGAUAUCAUUGUUCUCACUCUUCUAUCAUAGGCACCUUCUUUACAUCUGAUUACAAUAUCCAGCAUUUCAGAACUGGGUUUUUGCCCCCAAAAAGGUAAAUAUGAACAUUUAUCACUGACUCCUCCUGGUCCAGUGAGCAGCAACAGAAUUCAAGUAUUUAAAAAUAAGGUGCAUUUCUAAAUUGUAGGCUAUACUUUCUUUUUCCAAACCAAUGGGCUAGAGUGAAUUUCCUCCGAGUACUUGGGCUGUCUUACUGCUAGCUUUUCUAACAGGGGAAGUCUGUAUAAAUGCAUCAUCCGCUAAUAACGCAAGAGGAAGGACCCUGAAAUGUGGCCAGAAAUGCUUACUGUGUAACCAGGACAUCAACAUUUACAUCAUAUUGUAUUAACAUCAUCACACUCUGUGCUCAACACACAGAACAACAUAGAUACUUCAGUUUGUCUAAAGUAAAAAUCCACGUAAAUCGCAGAUUUCUUUGUUGACACCAGUGUGUUGUUUACCUUGUGCCCACGGUCCAGAUUUUGAGCUGGAGAAGGACUAUGGCUGUUCCUUAAAGUCUCUGCCCUGGCAGAAUCUGUAGCCUUCAGGAUACCCCGAGUGCCUUACAGGGCUUGUGAACACCGACCAAAAGUCAAAAAGAAGAGAGUGCCCAAGCGUGGGUUUGGAGGCACUGAUGCAUUCGCCAACACUCACUGUCAUCCCAUCCUUGAAACCCUGAGAGGGAGUAUGUGUUUUAACACAGAGUGGAAUUUAAGUUUAGGCUCAGGAAACUCAUAUUCUGAAUAUAGGUAUCAAAUCAUAUAUUUGUUUACUGUAUAUUUUUUAAAAAGCUUUAUUGUAAAUUUAUGCAAAAACUAACCGGCCCGUUUUCUUAUGGCAGCAUGCCGAGCAGUGUGUGUGUCCUCCCAGGCACUCCCUUCAUAGUCACCCUCUAACCACGUGACAUUCUGUUCAGUGCUAAUCCGUAUUCACAGGCCUAACGUAGGUUUGUAUGGUGAUCUACGAGAUUUUACACAUAUUUUUGUAUUGUGAUUCCUAUGAUAUAUACCAGAGAAUUUUUACUCAUUUGUAAAUUAUUGUACAGUUUUAAUAAAAAAUGUUUUAAAUCUUAGACGAUUAAAGUCCCUUCAAAGGUAUUAAAGUUUGAACUGAAAGCCGUA